GUCCUAAAGUGGGCUCAAUGGCCGUUUUCACGCUUCUCUCUGUUGUGAUAAUUAUAUCUUUUUAGAAAUUUAUUUUAAAAACAUGCAAUUUACGUUUAACGUUUAACUUACGAAAAUAAGACGGAUCGAAUUAAUUUUUAAUUAUUUUUUAAUAGAAAAAAAAACGUUUGUUUUAUGAACAGAGAGUUUGUUGAUUUUGUUUAGAGACGUAAAAUGAAUACAGAGGUAAACUGCUUCGAGAAAAAUACAAACUGCACGUCUCACAACAAGGAAGUUGAAGUAUGCCGCUUGUGUGGAAAACAAUCUCCGAACUAUACUUCAAUAUUUCAAGAUGAAGAUAUCCUCAAAAAAAUAAAUAGAUGUUUACCGAUCAAUAUUUUUCCGAAUGAUAAACUGCCUUCCAAUGUAUGUGGACGUUGUUUAAAUAAUUUAAAUAUUAGUUACGAACUGAUUCUUACCGCAAUAGAGGUAGACGAGCAUCUGCGAAUGCAAUUAAAUCAGAGGCUGAACGAUCGUGCUGUCUGUACAGAUAAAGAUACAAAUAAAAUUAUAGAGGACUGUCAAAAUAUUAAACGUGAGAUUACAGACGAGGAGAACGCUGAGAAUUAUCAGAAUGAUACACAGGAGAUUACAAACGAGAAGAAUAUUCAGAAUGACUGGAAAACAGAGCGAGAGGAUUAUAUUGAUGAAUUUAAUUACAAAAGGGAAGUUGUUACUUUUACGGAAGUUAACAGAACCCCAGAGUCAAUCAACUUAGCGACGGAUAUUGAAGUCCAUAUUGUUGAAAUGGAGUACGAAGAUUUGACGCAAGCCUCGAUAAAACAAACUGAUAACAGCUCUGACCUAGUUACAAGUAAAACUAAUUAUAUUCAGAAUAAUUGGAAAAUAGAGCGAGAGGAUGUUGAUGAAUUUAGUUGCAAAAAGGAAGUUGUUGCUUUUACGGAAGAUAACAGAACGCCAGAGUCAAUCAACUUAGCGACAGAUACUGAAGUCGAUAUUGUUGAAGUGAAAUGUGAAGAUCUGGUGCAAUUAGCUUCAAUGAAACAAACUGAUAACAGCUCUGACUUUGUUGCAAGUAAAACUACAGAGAACUGUCAAGGAUUUUCGCUACCUAAAACAAUCAAUCAAAAUAAACCAUUGUUUUAUUGUGAGACUUGCAAUAUUUAUUUCGACGAGGAGCGAUAUUUUAAGGUCCAUACUGAGAUACACGAGGAAAGAACUGUGAUUUGUACCACGUGUUCUGCAAUAUGUCCAUCUACGUACGAUCUAUUUUUUCAUAAACGCGAAAAGCACAAUCUGUUCAAAAGGAUACAAUUGAAGUACGCGUGUACGAAGUGCGACAGAUUCUUUGCACGUAGCUCGACUUGGGAGUAUCACAAUGAGAAUAAGUGCCCCAGAAUGGCUGAUAAGUGUUGCAAAUAUUGCAACAAAAUAUUAACGACACGUUCCAAGUUGACAAGCCACUUAAGGAAGCAUAAAGGGGAGAUGUUGACUGACCCGACUGUGACUGUGUAUAAAUGUGUGGCCUGUUCCAAACAAUUCGUUGACAAAAAGUUGUAUGAUAAACAUAGAAAGAUGCAUGAUCCAGAAUAUAUGGAUAAACAUCAUUGUGUCGUAUGCAAUCGUUUAUUCAGGGACAAAUGUGUAUUACGGGAACAUCAGAUGGCCGUUCAUGGGAAUGUUAAGCCUCAUCAGUGCAAUAUCUGCAACCGUUUUUUCUCGCGCAUUUGGAAUAUGAAGAAACACCGUAGAAAUCACUUCGGACACAAGUGUGGUUGCUGCAAUGCGCUUUUUAAAAAGAGAUUGGACCUAGAGAAACAUGCAGAAGAGAUUCAUGAUAUAUCGCCGUUCAAUAAACUGCUCGAGACAAAAGAAAAAUUCACCUGCAAAUUCUGCGACAAGGAAUUCAACACGAAAAUACCGCUGCAAAAUCACGAAAGACUUCACACUGGAGAAAUGCCGUUCAGUUGUCCGACAUGUUAUGAAUCCUUUCGCACUUCUACCUCAAAAUAUAAGCAUGUCAUGCGAGAGCAUAAGAACAAAAUCUUUGGAUGUGUCUACUGUGGAAAACGCUUCAGUAACACAAAAUCGUUACGUGAACACGUUUCGUCGCACAUGUCGGAGGCACGCAAGUAUCAGUGCGAUAUAUGCAAGAAGAGGUUUCGAAACAAAUCUAGUUGGACUCUCCACAAAUAUGUUCAUGGUGGAGAACGGCCUUAUAAAUGUGACGUGUGUUCGGCCAGUUUCGUUCAAAUGAGCUUUUUGAAACGGCACCAAAUGCGGUGGCACUCCAAGAAAGAUGAAAAUGUACAAAAUAUGACUUAAAAAGCAGAUUCAAGAAAUUGUUAAUUGACUAAAAUCUUAAUUCCGCUACAAACAGUAAAUAAAUGAUUGGUAUGCA